GCAGAGGCAUAAGCGUAGCUUUGUUAAAAGGUAGUACCAAAAGGUAGUACCGACCGAAUAUCCUUAUUGCAAUUUGUUCUUUAUUACAAGGUCACUAAAAUAACACCACUAUUUCUUAAAUUUAUUUAUGAAAUCUGUGAAUGAGUCUCUCUUCACCCUUCACUUCAGUCCCCCAUCCCAACCCAACAAGUAGAAUAGAGAGGUUAUCUAAUCCACGCACCGCACUACAAUAUAAAAUAAACUGACGAAUUUACAAGGUUCUACUUAUAUUACUUCAUCAAACAACUUGAAUUACAUUUAAUCUGUUACAAGUUACAUCUCUAGUUAUUGCUACGUUAAAACAUGGAAUCAGCUUUUCAAAAUGAAUAUUUUACCAGUUAUGAAAACUUGGAGAUCCAUAAAUUGAUGAUUGAAGAUAGCCCAAGGACCGAAGCUUAUAAAGAAGCAAUAUUUAAUAACAAAGAUUUUUUUAAAGACAAAGUUGUGAUGGAUGUUGGUUGUGGCACAGGGAUUCUGUCUAUAUUUUGCGCCCAGGCUGGCGCAAAGAAGGUUUAUGCUGUAGAAGCCAGUAACCUAGCACAUUUGGCCAUGGAAAUUGUGAAGGAAAACAAUUUUGGAGAUGUCAUUGAGGUGAUACACAGUAAAGUGGAGGAUGUAGUUUUGCCAGAAAACACCAAAGUUGAUGCUAUCGUAUCAGAAUGGAUGGGAUUCUACUUGUUGCAUGAGGGUAUGCUGGACUCUGUACUGGUGGCCAGAGACAAGUUUCUCAAAGAGGGUGGGCAUAUGUUCCCUGAGACUGCUACCAUUUUUGUGGCACCAUGUAGUCUUCCAUCAUUGUACACACAGUGGGACGAUGUGCAUGGAGUGUCAAUGGCCACUUUCGCCAAACAGCUGAGAGCCAGCAAAGCAGAUAAGCCAGAGAUUAUGGUGUUGGAGCAAGAUGACAUUUUAGGUGAUGAAGUGACCUUAUGUAAAAUAAACCUCAUGGAAGAUAAAUUGGAGAGCUUAGAAAAAUUUAGUUCUCAACAUGUUACAGCUGCAUGUAAAGAAGGACUUUACCAAGGUCUUUGUGUGUGGUUCGAAUGUUUGUUCCCCGACACGACAGAUGGAGGCGGUUGUCAAGUGAAGCUCGAUACAAGUCCAAAAAGUCCAUCCACACACUGGAAACAAGCCGUUAUAGUGUUGCCUGAGGAGCAAGAGAUUGAAGAAGAUGAGCCUAUUGCGUUUAAGAUGGAAAUGAGAAAAGACCCUGCGCAACCUAGAAGGUACAACCUAGAAGUAGAAUUAAUAGAUCCAGAGACAGUAGAACACCCAUUGCCAUGCUACUGUAGAACAUUGAAGUGCAUAUUAAUAAAGACAUACAUGGACGGCUCCUUUGUCAAAGCCUUGAUGCGAGACGACACUGAAGACGAACGAGAACCGGACGAAAAUGACUGA